AGCCCGGGACAGCUUCCCAACCUUCAAGCGAGAAAACGCGAGAGGCUGCACAAAGGCGAGCGUUUAGGAGGAGCAAACGACUGAUAAACAGUGCGAGGUCGGGCAGAGUCUAACCAAGUCCAAACGUCUUUAGCUACUGGGACAUAUUAUUGUUUCAAUGACCACAAGUGAUCAGUGUUCAUUGAACGGGCGGCGAGUUCAGAUAUAGCUUGGGAGGCUGGGAGCAGACGACAUUUUCUAGAUCCGGUCUCUCUACCGUUUACCACAACUGACACUGCAAACAACAUGGAAAACUCUUCACUUAUCAACAGCGAUCGGAUCCUUCAACCGAUCUGGGACAUGCGGCAUGGGUAUGAAGAAUACCUUCGCUCCCCCCUGUUCCCGGUGUUUCUCUCCAUCUCCUUCUACCUCUCUCUCUGCAUCCCCUUCAUGUUGAUCGACAUCUUUUGCUCGGAGACGAGUUGGUACAAGAAAUACAAAAUCCAGCCGUCGAGGAAGGUGACAGGAGCCGAGAUAAUGGAUACCCUGAGUCUGACAUUUUGGAACCAUGUUCUGUUCAUUCUGCCUGCCGCCAUGGCCCAGUGGAUCUGGACCCCGCCCACUGUCAUGCCCGACCUCGCGCCGACUCUUUUCGAAUUCGUUUGGCACCAAGCCGCCAGUGUCUUGAUCUUCGACUUCCAGUACUACGUGUGGCACUAUACUCACCACAAGUUCCGUUUCCUGUACAAGCAGGUGCACGCCCUGCACCACCGCUACAGCAGUCCGUUCACGUGGGUGACCCAGUACCUCCACCCGUGGGAGCUUGUGACCGUCGGCUUCCUCACUACCACCAACACCUGGUUCUUCAACUCGCACUGCCUCACCACCUGGAGCUACAUGAUCUUCAGCGUCUUCAUCAGCGUCGAGGGGCACACCGGCUUCGACUUCCCCUUCACCGUCAACAACUUCUUCCCCUUCGACCUGUUCGGCGGUGCUCCGAAACAUGACAUGCACCAUCAGAAGCCGCUGACCAACUACCAGCCCUUCUUCAACCACUUUGACCGCCUGUUCGGGUCGUACUGCCCACCAAUGAGGGCUGGUGGGGUCAAGACGAAGGCACUACUGGAAUACGAGAGGAGGAACCGCGAGACUAAGAAGCAGGGUUAGGUGACGUGAUUGAGAGGGGUAGAUAGUGCUGCUGAAAUCUAUCAAAUAUGAAAAAUGGUUCAAUGAAUUUUUAAAACCUCAUCAAAGUAAAAGCAUGCACACACGCAUGAGGAUUUGUCUUUGGUAAGAUGUAUUGACUAUUUUAAAUACACAUAUAUGAUUUCAGCAGCCUAUCGGUUUGUGCUAAGGAAGUGUUAUAAGGGAGUUCAUGGAAUCAAACUUACGUAUCCAGUGUUUAUUAUUGAAUAUGGGGGUUCAUGCUAUUCUACAUGUCAACGUACUUUUCGUACCUAAAAGUGAUUAAUGUGUGUUUAGAACAUGGUUAAAUCAUUAUGAAACUAACGUCAUAGAAUAGUAUUAACCCUGCAUGACGAUGUUGUGAAGCUCCCUUAUACACACCGGAUCCGGUUAUUCUUGAGACUUUCCUGGUUAUUUUGUGUUUUUUUUUUAUUUGUUGCUUUGUGAAACGUGAUAUUUUUGGCGUGUCAUUUGAGAUCCUCUUGUGAAAGUUGAGCUAAUGAACAUUUUUUUUCUUUCAAUUGUAUGGGAACAUUUCGCCAUAAACUUAACAUAUGAUUUCACAGGUUAAAGGGAUACGCUUUCUCAGAAAUAUCAGUUUUCUAAUUUAUUCAGUCUUUGAUAUCCAAAUAUAUACAACCCUGUUUUCAUUUGAUUUUACCGGUGUAAGUCUCAACGCAUUUGUUGGUGUACAAGUGUGAAGGACGUGGUCCUACCCAUCAAUGGGGCGAUUCCAUUGGCUGGCACGCCCAUCCCUCAUAAUGACGUGGCCUUUUGUGGCCAUCGAGGUGAGGUAUAGCUGUCAAUGUAUCGCCUAAUUAUGUAUGUUAUACUUAUACAGUCAACUCCUGAUAUAGCGAAGUAUUGGCUCUAAAAACAUCCUCUUACUCGAGGAGUCAUGAUUAACGUCAUUACCCUCUGGAAUACCGAGUUUCAGGUAUAUAAAUCUGAAUUUAAUGGCUUUAAUAGUUCGUUAUACCUUGAGUUCAUUGUACUUGUUUCUUAUUUUAUCGAUAUCUUUAGAUAUCCAUACUGUGAACUAUUUUAGUAAAUUGUGAUGUUACGUUUUUUGAAAUUCUAACACUAAAAAAACAUUUCAGCUGAAAGUGUUUUGGCCACUAAUGGCUCGUUCGUUUAUAGAUUGAAUCAAUCAUACAUAUUCCGGAAAGUUGCUGGUGGUCACGAAAUGCAGAUCGGUAUGACAUUCAUACACAUUUGCCCCGUUUAGUAGCUACAGGAAAUGCUAAUGUGAUACGCGGUAACUGUCACGCAUUAUCAUACCAUUUGUCAGGCUCGAAGCGAAAUAGCUAAACUUGAAAUGAUUGUGCCACAGCAGGACAGAGUAUCGGAUCCAACUGCAGAGUAUGCUCAGAAUGUCAUAAUUUUGUCACCGCCAAACUCUAGACUUUCUGAUUAAGUAUUGUUUGGUCGCCUAAUACAGAUAAGCCAAAUAUGACAGCAUUUGUUAUGAUUAUGCUUGACAGUUUGUCGUGAUCAGUACCAGAGAUACAUUUAUCUGCUUCCAUUAGACCAUUAUAAUUAUUUAUCAGAUAUUCAUCCCCGCCCACUUCAGCUCGUUGUAUUGUCACCAAUUACCUAAACAAAUUACCUACAAGAUAAUACAAUACAUAGUCCUACCGAACAUUACCGCUUCAUGUGAAUCACAUCCGUCGCCGCUUCGUUGCACCGAUGCCUUGAAUAAUUAGUUGUGGCCUUGUUGUCUGCAUCCGAAAGUGCCCCGAACAGUAGUCCCUUCGAGGUGCAUGUUUAUCGUAAAGGCGUUUUUUCAGUAAAUAGCAAACGCUUAGUAACAGUAAUAAUAAAAAGAAAGAUUUGAAAUAUACUUUCUCCUCCAGUAGAGCCUUCGAUCAAAAUUGUAUUCAUGAACUCAGCUUAAUUUGUUUGUAAUAAUGUUGUCAAUAAAGAUGAUACUUAAAAUUAAGAUUAAGCGAAGAUUCCCGAAACGAAGGGACCUGCCAUCGCUUUCGAUAUGUUGUAGUUGAAACGCAACUUUAACAGGACAAAUUCAGCGGUCGACAUAGUGCAGAAUAAAGUAUCUCGCUUAA